AUGACUACUGCAAACUGCCCCGGGAAUGAGGAGCUGGACUUCAGACUGAUCUUCGGAGAGGACGGGCAGCAGCACCCGUUAGGCCCCGCAGAUCUCGAGCCUGAUGACAACACAUCAUUCUAUAUCCUGAAUGUGGGACAGCCCCAGUCUAUGGUCUCUAAUCACCAGUCCAUCGGCCUUCCCCGACAUGGCAUGCACUCCCACUCCCACUCCCACUCCCACUCCCACGUCAUCAACACAACAUCCCGUCAGCAAUCGCACAAACCAGGAUCUGAUCCUCUAAGCUAUGAGGCAGAACACUCCAAAUAUGGCACCUCUCCCCUGCUGCCCUCCGCUCCCUUGGAGGCCCCAAAGGCUUUCGAAUGCCCCAGUAUCCAGAUCACCUCCAUCUCUCCUAGUUGCCAGCAGGAGAUGGAUGCCAAUGACGGGGAGCUUAGGGCAAAUGGUCCUGAUGGGGAUUACCAUGGGGACAGGCCCUUGUCCAGAGAUCACUUGUAUUUGCCACUGGACCACUCAUACCGAGACUCUUCCCUCAGCCCGAGCCCGUGCAGCAGCCUUUCCUCAAGGAGCUGGUUUUCUGAUGCCUCUUCUUGUGAAUCAUUUUCACAUGUCUACGAUGAUGUUGAAACGGAGCUGAAUGAAGCAGCUGCUAGGUUUACUCUGGGCUCACCGCUGACGUCUCCUGGUUGUGCCUCCCCCCAGACUGGCGGUGGGGUUCUGGAGGAUCAGAGCCUCUGGCAGCAGCACCACCCUCCUUUUGUGCACCACUCUCACUCCAUCAGCCUGUCUCCCCGACAGUCUCCUUGCCAUUCACCACGCACCAGUGUCACUGAUGAAAAUUGGCUCAGCCCGCGGCCCCCUUCCAGACCGUCCUCUCGCCCCACCUCACCCUGUGGGAAAAGGCGCCACUCCAGUGCCGAAAUUUGUUAUCCUGGCUCACUGUCUCCUCAUCAUUCUCCCACACCCACACCAGGACCUUCUCCCAGGGGUAGCGUGACAGAGGACACUUGGGCUGGGAGCCCCUCUGUUGGAAUGUCACCCUUUCAGUGCUGCCCCUCUGAGACAGACAUCCCAUCAAAGACAAGGAAGACCUCACAGGACAGAACAGCCAUGCAGAGCGGAAAAGGGGAGCUGGGGCUUGAUGACCAAGGAAAUAUGUCUCCUAAUCUGGACUCCCCUUCAGAUGAGACACUGCACAGCCUGAAGAAGGAUGCUCCUAUGGAACAUUUUCUCUCAGUGCCCUCCCACUUCUCAUGGAAUAAACCGAAACAUGGUCACACACCUAUAUUCAGGACGUCAUCAUUGCCUCCUCUAGAUUGGCCACUACCAAGCCAAUUUGGCCAGUAUGAGCUGAAGAUAGAAGUGCAACCCAAAGCCCACCACCGUGCUCACUAUGAGACUGAAGGCAGCCGAGGAGCAGUCAAAGCGUCAUCCGGCGGCCAUCCAAUUGUUAAGCUCAUUGGCUACAGUGAGAAGCCUGUCAACCUGCAGAUGUUCAUUGGAACAGCAGAUGACCGCUACUUGAGGCCGCACGCCUUCUACCAGGUGCAUCGAAUCACCGGGAAAACUGUAGCCACCGCUAGCCAAGAAAUUCUGAUCUCCAGCACCAAAGUUCUCGAAAUUCCGCUCCUUCCUGAAAACAACAUGUCUGCCAGUAUCGACUGUGCUGGCAUACUAAAGCUACGGAACUCAGACAUUGAGCUGCGGAAAGGGGAGACGGAUAUAGGAAGAAAGAACACGCGGGUCCGUGUGGUUUUCCGGGUGCACAUCCCCCAAGCCAAUGGGAAGGUGCUGUCGCUGCAGGCCUCCUCCAUUCCUGUGGAGUGUUCCCAGCGUUCUGCUCAAGAACUGCCACAGGUUGAGAAGUCCAGUCUGAGCAGCUGUUUGGUCAGUGGGGGGGAUGAGAUGGUCAUCACUGGGUCCAACUUCUUCCCAGAGUCCAAGGUCAUCUUCCUGGAGAAAGGCCCUGAUGGACGACCACAGUGGGAAGUUGAGGCAAAAAUAAUCCGUGAGAAGACUCAGGGUUCUUGCAUCGUGGUGGAGGUCCCCCCUUAUCACAGCAAGACUGUGAGCUCAGCCGUGCAGGUGCAGUUUUAUGUCUGCAAUGGCAAACGAAAAAGGAGCCAAUCACAACGCUUUACAUACAUUUCAGUCUUGGUUAAACAGGAGCACAGAGAUGAACUGGACCUUCCUGCUGUACCGCCCAUUUCUAUACCCCUGGCACAUGCUGCCAGUCUGGUGCGCUCUCAGCUGCCUUCUCCUGAACAGGGCCACCCAUCGGACAGCCUUCUGUCCAGCUCCCCUCAUGGCCUCGCCGCCGGCUCAGGUCCUGGCCUGCUACCUCUGCCGGGUCCCUGCCCCUCCCUGGGCUCCCCGUCUUUCCAGCACCUGUCCCACCUCCAGGGUCGCAGUUUGCACCACCCACCCGCAGACUGCCACAUGACGUUCCACCAGAGCUCUGCUCCCGCUCCUCCCCGGCCCUCCUAUCAGCCUUUGCAACACAGCCAGAGCCAUAACCUGUCCUUCAACGGCCAGCCCAGCCUUCCUCCUCAGAGCUAUGAGAGGAUGCCCUUUCAGCAGAGCCCAAAUUCAGCAUCACACCCCAUGAGCAUGGGAAUGGUAUACCCAUCCUCCCCAUGCUCCUCACCAUCAGCUCCAUCCCCUUCAACUACCAACCCCAUUGUUGGCUCCCCCCAGAGUCAGCAACCCCUGCUCAGCCCCUCAUCCCCUCACCUCCACUCCCUUGGAGGCUAUCACUGCCCACCAAAUCCCAGCCAGGUGCCCUCUCCAGGUCCGCACUCCCUCAGUGGGCAGCACUCUUCACCGCUGCAGAGAGCUAUGGGCUACCACCCAGCAGGUCAAAGGUCAGCUUCCUGUCCCACACCAUGCACUGCCCCUCCGCCACAUAUGAUCCCUUCUCCCCACUCUGGGCCUUCUUCUCCUCAGCUCCACUCGCUGCCCUACCAAUCCCCCACCUCAUCCUCCCCCACCUCAGGUGGCAGCCCUUUGGGGGCCCUGCAGCAGCAUUCAGGACAGCCUUCUCCUCAGGCCACAAGCCCUGUCAUGACCAGCCUGUCCCCGGGAGCAGUGGGACCGCUGGCUCAUCCUAUAAGUCCUCAGGGUCCCUUCCCCUCAGAUGGGGAAAGGCUGAACAUUAAACAGGAGCCAGAGGACCGUGAGCCCACCUUCCGCUCCAUCGGGCUGCAAGACAUUACGCUGGAUGAUGUAAACGAGAUCAUCGGGAGAGAUAUGUCCCAGUCUCCCAGCUCCCACGCUCCUCCUCUAGCUCACAACCAGUCGUAG